AUGUAUUCGCUACAGCACCAAACUUCUUUACAGCCCAAUGGCACCGCUACGAACGCGAGAAGUCAAAGUCGAUCAACAGAAGGUUCAGGAUCCGGUGGUUUAACGCCGUCAAAUUCAUCACAGCAAUCCGGUAGUACACAACCAGCACAGCAAACUCAUCAAAUGCAACAUAUGGGACAAUUAGGUGUAGCAUUGCAACAAGCAACCGGAAUAGAAGCUCCACCAGCGAGUUUCACCUUUAACAACUCUGAUCUGUUUUCAUCCUUUCCAACAAAUCACAACUUACUGCAAUAUCAAAUGCGACCGGAGUUGAUGGGUCUAUCUGGAUUUCGAACUGCUAAUGGUUCUUCUGUGAGCACGGUUCGAUUUGUUUUAUGA